CUGGGAUGUGAUGAUGAUGACGAAGUGAAAAUGGCGGAUCUUUCGAAAUCCUAUCCCGGCCCCUGACAUACCAGAGACAGUAGCUAAACAGCCUUAAGAGGUUCCCCCCUCUCUCUCCGCUGCCUGCUCCUGCUGCUGCCGCCGCCAGAAGCCCUCCCCUCUUCCUCCUGCUCCCGAGCAGCCGCUUUCCAGCUCUUCAGAGACGGAGGGGGGAAGCCCCCCCACCCUUCGCCACCAGCCUGGAAGGACUCAGUGGCGGCGCCCGAUAGAGGGGAAGAGGCUCACCACCAAGGCCUGGACACCAGGAGAGAUGGGUGGAGCUUGGAUCCCGAGAAGGAGGUAUCCCCUUUCAGACAGUGCUCUAUGAUGAAGCCUCUGGAGGUGGUCUGAUGUGGAACAAGACUUAAAAGGGAUUCAGUGUCUCAUCUUGAGCCUGCCACUUACAUUUGCAACAUGGAGGUGGUGUCCGCGGAGGUGAAUAGCCUGCUUCCCGAAGAGAUCAUGGACACAGGGAUAAAGCUGGAGGAGGAUGAGAACAUUGAGGCUGUAAUUGUGGGUGACUCCAUUCCUAUGGAAACGGAACUGGAAGGAAUGGCAAAUGUAAGCUCAAUUGGUGAUUCUACUAUUGCUGCUCCAUCCUCGAUCACCACAGAGAUUGUAACGGUGCCUAGCAGUUGUGUGAGCCAUCUCACGGGCAAUGCUGCCAUAACAAACACUGAUACUGAUGUGACUAUACAACCUUCCUUUCAAAGCGGCCUCCAAAAACUGGGUGCUCAGGCUCCUGUCACUAUAUCAGCCAAUCAGAUCAUUCUGAACAAGGCAACAGAUCUGAAAAUUAGUAAACAGACUUUACAACAGGAAGGACAAAAGCUCAUUGUAACAACUCUAGGGAAGCCUGGACAGCCAAUUGUUCUAGCAUUGCCCCACAACCAGCUAUCACAGUCUCAGAAGGCAACAUCACAGGUGCAAACAAGUGACUCCAAGGUUUCAGCACAGCAAUUCAAGGUGGUAACUAUUGGAGGAAGGGCAGAAGUGAAACCUGUCGUUGGUGUGUCAGCCUUGACUCCAGGGAGCCAAUUGGUAAAUACUACCACCCAAUCUUCUGUAUUGCAGACUCAGCAACUGAAAACAGUGCAGAUUGCUAAGAAAACCAGGACACCAACUUCAGCCCCAGUGAUCACAAAGUUGAUCUUCACAAAGCCAAUCAAUAGCAAAGCAGUCACGGGGCAGACAACUCAAGUCUCACCAGUCAUUGCAGGUAGGGUUGUUUCUCAGACUACUCCAGGAACACCUCCAAAGACUGUAACUAUCUCAGAAAGUGGAGUUACUGCAACUUCUUUGAAUUCUUCCUUACAGCAGGCACCAAACAAGAUAGCCAUCUCUCCCUUGAAAUCGCCUAAUAAGCAGUUAACAGUGGUGUCGGUUGCCUCCCAGUCUCCAAGCUCCCCACAGAAAACAGUGGGCGUUCCUCUCAAUGUAGCCUUAGGACAGCAGAUUCUCACAGUGCAGCAUUCAACACCAUCUUCUCCAGGAAAGGCUGUUGCUAACAAUACUACUGCUCAGGCUGUGAAAUCUGCAGUACAAACCCUCACUGUAGGCGGAGUAAGCACAUCUCAGUUUAAGACCAUAAUUCCCUUGGCAACAGCACCUAAUGUUCAGCAAAUUCAGGUACCUGGAAGCAAAUUCCAUUAUAUUCGUCUCGUCACUGCUACAACUGCCAACAGCUCAUCCCAGCCAGCUGUGCAGAAUCCCAGCACCAGCACAGCAUCCCUCCAGCAAGCAAAGCCAAUGGUGGUGAACGCAACCCCUGUGCGAAUGUCAGUCCCAAUCGUCCCAGCAGCACAGACUGUCAAACAAGUAGCGCCCAAACCAAUUAACACAACGUCACAGAUGGUCACAACAAGCCAGCCGCAGCAAAGACUUAUAAUGCCUGCCACUCCACUGCCACAAAUCCAGCCAAACCUCACCAACCUUCCUGCGGGUACUGUGUUGGCCCCAGCCCCUGGUACAGGGAAUGUUGGAUACGCCGUUCUUCCAGCUCAGUAUGUCACACAGUUACAGCAAUCAUCCUAUGUAUCCAUAGCAAGCAAUGCCAGCCUUAGUGGAACGUCUAGUAUCCAGACGCAAGCCAGACUGCCAUUCAAUGGAAUAAUUCCCUCCGAAUCUGCAAAUCGUCCCAGAAAACCAUGCAACUGUACAAAAUCAUUGUGUCUUAAGCUGUAUUGCGAUUGCUUUGCCAAUGGCGAGUUCUGCAACAACUGCAACUGUACAAAUUGUUACAACAACCUGGAGCAUGAAAAUGACAGACAAAAAGCUAUCAAGGCCUGCCUUGACAGAAACCCUGAAGCAUUCAAACCCAAGAUAGGGAAGGGGAAAGAAGGUGAGUCGGACAGGCGGCACAGCAAAGGAUGCAACUGCAAGCGGUCUGGAUGCCUCAAAAACUACUGUGAAUGUUAUGAGGCCAAGAUCAUGUGUUCAUCAAUUUGCAAAUGUAUUGGUUGCAAGAACUUUGAAGAAAGCCCAGAGCGGAAGACGUUGAUGCACUUGGCCGAUGCUGCUGAAGUACGAGUACAACAGCAAACUGCUGCAAAAACUAAGCUGUCCUCACAGAUUUCGGACCUCCUGACCAGGCCAGCACCAGUGCUGAGUAGUGGAGGGGGGAGGUUGCCUUUUGCAUUUGUAACAAAAGAGGUUGCUGACGCAACAUGUGACUGCUUACUUGCACAGGCUGAGCAGGCCGAGAAGGCAGGCAAAUCCAAGGCAGCUGCAGAACGGAUGAUUCUGGAGGAAUUUGGACGUUGUCUGAUGAGAAUCAUUAACUCGGCAGGAAAGUCGAAAAGUGACCAUUGUGCCAUGAACUGCUGACUCUUGAAAAUGAGCUAAAUAGUCUGAAUGGGACACUAAAAGGCACAUGGACACUUUCAUUGCAGCAUUCUUUGUUCUUAACAGGGUGCUGCUUAGUUUCCCUUGGUGUAUGUUAUUAGUGAAGCUUUACAAUGAUGAGUACUCUUUUAGCUUAGCUUUCUUUUACUUGACACCUGUGAACUUCUCCUUCUCAGCCUCUAGAAUAUAUGGGAGUGUGCAGAGUUUAGAUGGUUUUUUUGCCUCUUAGAAAUGUUCUUCAUGCCAUUCUUUAACUAAUUAUUAUUAGUAUUAGUAGUAGUAGGAUUUCCAGUGUAUAGUGUUGAAUUUUGAAUUGGUGAAAUGAUGGUGGAGAGAUGCCAGCUAGUCUAUCGGGAACAUUUCUUGCGCAAAUGUGAUGGCUAAUAUCAUACAGGAUUUUGGAGAGAUGUUCCCAGUACAGUCAUUUAGCACCACAUCACACAUAUUUUUUGCAUCACCAUAUAAAUAACAGUGCAUCUGUGGGGCAGGUAAUGCUGAAAGGAUAACAAUAAAAAUAAACGUUUGCCAAAAAAGCAAUACAUAAAGAGAUGCAAAUCUGUCAGUAGUCUUGUGGGUUGCCAUCAUGACUUUGGUGGGAAUCCUACUUGUGUUGAUUAGAAGCAACACAGUACGAGGGCUAGAUACAGAAAUCUGUAAUAUUGAUAUACAAAAAUCAAGGUCAAAAAUUAUAUCUCAUAUUCAGAUUAGUAUAAAACAAUCUUUUAAAUAAGUUUUUUUAAAAGAGGGGGGAAAUAUCACUGUGGUUCAUAAUCCAAAUUUUAAUGAACUACUUUCAUUUGGUUUCAGAGACGAUCAAUACUUUUGGACAGAUUUUAAUGUAACCAGAGACUUUUAACCUUUGUGCUAUUUCCUAGACAUCCCUUGAACCUCUAAAGGAUUGAAGGCAAUUUUUUCUCUGGUUCUUUUCUCAGAAAUCAUUGUUCAGCAAGCAGCUAUGAUUCCAAGUAUAUUUCUAAUAUUUCCUAGAAAAUUCUCUUCCUGGUAUUUUAUUAGAGCUAUAGCAAGAGCUUAGAUAGUGUAACUAUCUGAAUAGUUAGAUAAAUUACAAUUUUAGGACCUCUUUAAAAUGUUCAUACUUUGUGCACCUCCACUGCAUAGAACAGAAAGCAUCUCAUAUUGGAUUAUACUCUUAUAAAUGUGUUGACUUAAGUGGGUCUGAACAGCACUUCACAAUACCAUUCCUUUCAGUUCAAUGCUGGAAGGGGGGGCAGCAAAACCCUCAGGCCAGAUAAAAUUCCAGAUGUUUUUGCUCACUAAAUAAUCCCAACCCUUUCCCUAGAUCUCAUGAGUGCUUGUGGCCAAUAUUAAAACAAAACCCACACCCUAGUUGUGAACCUCCUUGGGUUUUGAAAUGUUAAGUUCCUCACCCUAUUUCAGAUUUGCACACAGCAAAGUGUUCCCAAUCAGGUUGUGGUUGGCAUGGGAAGAAUUCAGUCACACUUCAGCAUAUCUAAAGUGGCAUUUUCAAUCCAAGCCAUUGGCAGUGGAAAUAUGUAGAAAUCAGGCAAGAAUUGCAACAGUUGUGUUCAUGGAAGCUAUUUAUGUCUACGUACAUGGAGUGCACCAAAUGGUGUUCACUCUAAUGAUGAGGUGGUGUGCUCUUUUAAUGAUAGCUAUGCACAGAUUGGGUGGAAUAAACACUGGUCACUAUUCGAUACUAGUACACUUCAGCCUGUUAGUUUCAGUGGCUUUAAGUGCACCUGUUGUUGGAUCAUGACUGCGGUGGAUCAGUCAAUGGAAGUUUCAUGUUAAAAACUAUCCAAAGCAUUAUGUAAAACCAUAUGUGCUUGCAUAGCAGGUAAGAUCCAUCAUCUAUAUAGCAGGAUUUCAACAGCAGGGAAACAAAUUGGCUCCCCCCCCCCCCCAUUUAGCAGAAAGCAAACUAAAUCCUAGUAAGUAUUCUGCUGAGUUGUCCAAACUAAUUGCCAUCCAUGUGUACUAUUGAUAUUGCCUCUCCUAUUUUAUAUUUUUAAAGUAUUUUAGCAAUGCAUUUUGUAAGCUUGAUACUCUGUAUUAAGACAAAACUAAACCUAAUGAUUCGUUGGCAAAAAAGGACAGACUGAACAUGCUUAAAAGCAAGAGCAUUUAUAACAGAUGCUAUUCAGAUGCUAGAAAUGUGAUUGCAUGUUUUUCUAGCAAAGCAGGUUGUUUCAUGUUUCAUGAAUAAAUUCCAUGUUUGAAUUAGAAAGCACUUCCUAGAGAUUUUAGUCUGCCUUGUCAUUAUACUUCUGCAAUUCUUUGAAAGGGAUUUUUUUCUCUCCAUAUAACUGUACAUGUAUAUUCUGUUAUAUAACAGUGUAUAUAAUAUACACAUAUCAAACUUGCAUAUACGUACACACAAGCCUGAAAGGGAAGCUCUACAUGUAAGCAUAUUUUUUUUCAAGUAGGGCCCUUGAUUUGAGAUAAGUCAUUAUGGUAAUCUUUCAUAGUAGGUGAAGGCUCAGCUUUUCCUAAUUCCAUGUGCACCCAUAUGGUGAGAGAUUUGUAUAAAUGUAAAUUAGUGUAAGUGGAUAAAGUAAUACUUGAUCAAGUUAUUUUUCAAACAUGGCAUCUUUGGGGCUAGAACUAAAUUUGUUUAAUUUUGUACAUAUUCUGUCUUACUCUAACUUGCACCUUUUUGUGAUGUGUAUUUAUAUGUGUGCUGAAGCCCAUUUGUGGAGUUUGGAUUCAAGUUGUAGAUUAUGUAUGAUGGAAUUGCCUGUAAAACAUUUGAAGAAGGUGCAAUCAAAGAUUUAGUUUUCUGUCUCAGAAAAAGUGCUCUCCUGUAUGUAGCUUGGGUCUUAUCCUCCUUUCCCUCAUGCCUUUUCUUUAAACUUGGCCCUUCACUUUAAAUUGCUAAACAAGUUGGUUAAAAUAUCUUAUUUGUUAUUGGAGAUUUUGGGAGCAAUUUACGAAGCACUUCUGUGGUGCAACCCUUUCUGGUUCUGCCACAUUUCUGUCAUCAUGACCAUCACAGAAAUGGUUUGGCAGUACCUCGGUAAAGCGCUAUUGUAUCAAACUCACCAUCACCAGAUUUUGAGAGGGGAGGGCAUGAGGGGUCAAUUUUCUAGUUCUGGUUUACACCUAAAAAUAGAUUUAAAUUUAUAUUUACUAGACCUAUUCAAAGAAUACACUUUUCUAUAUUGUAAAAACAAAUGUCAGAUAAAUCAAAAAGGAAAAAAAUAAAAUGUUUAUAUUAUAUAUCAACA